AUGUCGUUCCCUGAAUCCGAAAAAUAUUCACACUCCAAGCGAGCCAAACACUUUACGAUGAGUCCAAACGCCUCCAACAACUCAUUGUAUUUGGAUUCCAAUGUUGCGCUCGAACAAAGGAUGCAAUCCGAGAGCGAGGUGGAGGUUAAUAAUGCUGCUCUCCAUCACGAUGAUGGGUGCGAUAGGCAGGAAGGGGUUCUCGCGGGCAUAAAACAACAAUUUGACUCGAUGGCUCCUGGCGGCUCGAUUUCGGAGUUCGGGAGUUCCGUUACCUCGGCCGCCCAGGAGACGGUUGUCGCCGCAAAGGAUACUCUAAUGGAGGGCGCAUUACCUGCUGCGCAGGGAGCGUUACAGACCAUGCAGUAUCAUAUUCACAACAUUUCAGGUGGAGCCAAGGAAGUUGAAGAAACGGUAUCUGAAGGUAUAUUUUUUGUUUCCAGCGGUUUCCCAGCAACACAAGACUUGGUUGUUGACGAAGGUGUUAUGUUUAGAGAUUUCCCAGGAGGAACGCGAUCGCAUCGAUAA